AUGCCAGCGCCACACGCCGUGAUACCAAGUCGCUACAUGGACCUCGUCGACGAAAAGAUGCCCAAGCAACGGCACCUUAAUGGGCCGCCCACGCCUAGCAUGUCCACUCCGGCCGCCGACUUUGAUCAGCAACUCACCGGCUCGCCGCCGCCUCCGCCUACCCCAGCCGCCUCGCCCGGCCCUUCACAUUACCAGCCCGACUGGAGUGAUGCCGCCGACGACGAGGAUUUCUUCCUCGCCAAGGUUCGCCAGCACUUUAAAAACUGCUCCGGUCCCCAACGUACAAGAGUUCUCGCCGAUCUACUUAACCUGUGCACAAGUCAGCAGUUGAGCUUUGUACAUCAGUUUGUCAGCCCGCUUCUGAAAAAGGACCCAUUCACAAGUCUUCCUGAUGAGCUAUGCCUAAGGAUAUUAUCGUUCAUCGAUGACCCUAAAGUCUUGGCGCGCGCAUCUCAAGUCUCUAAGCGAUGGCGUGAUUUGCUCAGCGACGACAUGACUUGGAAAAACCUUUGUGUAAAGCACGACUACGGACGACGGUUAUCAGAAGUAUACGCUGCCUCGGCCGUCCCAACCCGACCAACCCCUCAAUUACCCGCCGCCGACUCUGAAAUGACUAGCAGCUUUCCUGGUGCCAUGCCUCUCAUGGUUCAUCACGCCGGCUCACGGAGCGUGGAUGGCAGCCCAAUGCGACCCAAGCUGCGAACGUAUAAAUCACACUUCAAACAAAGGUAUCUUGUUGAGGCUGCCUGGCGCUCUGGUGGUACCAGCACGGUAAAGAAUAUAACACAAGAGGGGGGCGUCGUCACCAGUUUGCACCUCACUUCCAAAUACAUCAUCGUGGCUCUUGAUAACGCCAAGAUUCACGUUUUUGAUACGGAUGGCAACUCGCAGCGAACACUGCAGGGCCACGUCAUGGGCGUCUGGGCCAUGGUUCCCUGGGGCGACACCAUGGUCAGUGGUGGCUGUGAUAGGGAUGUCCGCGUGUGGAAUCUUAAGACUGGCGCCUGCCUGCACACCUUGCGGGGGCAUACCUCUACAGUCCGCUGUCUGAAGAUGGCCGACGAACAUACUGCAAUUUCCGGCUCGCGCGAUACGACGCUCAGAAUCUGGGAUAUCAGAACGGGCCUGUGCCGCAAUGUGCUUUUGGGGCACCAGUCGAGUGUCCGUUGUCUCGAAAUCAAGGGAGACAUUGUUGUGUCUGGUAGCUACGAUACAUUCGCCCGUGUUUGGAGCAUCUCGGAAGGACGGUGCUUGCAGACUCUCCAGGGACAUUUUAGCCAGAUUUACGCCAUUGCCUUUGAUGGGCAGCGAGUCGUGACGGGUAGUCUAGAUACCAACGUCCGUGUAUGGGAUCCCAGAAGUGGUGAGUGCCUUGCCAUCCUCCAGGGCCACACGUCACUCGUUGGCCAGUUGCAAAUGCGCGGAGAUACGUUGGUUACCGGUGGCUCAGACGGCUCCGUUCGAGUUUGGUCCCUGGAAAGGAUGUGUCCGAUUCAUAGGCUGGCGGCGCAUGAUAAUAGUGUUACGAGCCUACAAUUUGAUGACACCCGAGUUGUCAGUGGUGGUAGCGACGGUCGCGUCAAGAUUUGGGAUCUCAAAACAGGCCACCUCGUGCGCGAACUGAUAUCUCAAGGCGACGCAGUCUGGCGUGUUGCCUUUGAGGAGGAGAAGUGUGUCGCAAUGGCUUUGCGAAAUGGACGGACUGUCAUGGAGGUGUGGUCCUUUGCUCCCCCCGAGGAAAUGUUGUACGACCGGCCAUUAUCAUUGCAUCAUCGUGCGCUGCAAGAUGAGCCCCAUCGCUCUGUUAGCGCCAUGGGCUUUGGAUACCAUGAUAGGGAGUCAACCACUGGCGACUCGAGUCGAGCAUCAUUGAGUCAAGAUGUAGAUAUGGAAGAUGCUGCAUCAGCAAUGGCCGCGUUGCCGGAUGUCGACAUACCACAACAACUCGAGAAUUUACUGGGCGAGACGACAUCAUGA